AUGACAGCCGCCUCCUAUAUACGUCUUCACGAACGCUCUGUGAGGCUCUGCUUAUACACCAAGACACACAGACACAGACACAGACAAAGACCCUCCACAACGUUGAACACUGCCCAACUAGACCAUAGAACUUGCCUGUACCUCUGGCACCAUGUCCUCAACAAUAUCAAACCGGCAACUGACCUGGCGCUUAGCGCGAAGAUUACUGCCUUGUGUGACGCGACAACAAGAGCUCAUCUGCCAAGCAUCGCGUAUGACAAGGGGUGGAAGGGGGUAUCUCGAAGGGAUACACAUACUGUGUACUCCCCUACCCGUAAGGGUCUCAAGCCGUUUCUGGCAAGGCAAGUCGAAGCACAUACAACGUACCGGUCAGGCUCCCAGGAACCGGGAACGACCAACCAGAUUCGGCAUAAGGCUCCCAAGAGAGUGGGUAGGAAGGCCGCCCCCGCGGGCAAGAAUAGGCAAACAUGGCAGUGA